AUGGCCGUCUACGCCCUCACGGGUUUCUCGCUCAUCAGCCUGCUCAGCUUUGGCUAUUUAUCUUGGGACUGGAUGAAGCCCAGUUUGGUGGCCGACGUGGCCACGGACCCCAUGGAGAAAUCACUGCCUCCCACCUUCACCAGGCCACCCCACAUCAUCUUCAUUCUGACCGAUGACCAGGGCUACCAUGACAUCGGCUAUCACGGCUCAGAUAUCCAGACGCCGACGCUGGACAGGCUGGCAGCGGAGGGUGUGAAGCUGGAGAACUACUACAUCCAGCCCAUCUGCACCCCAUCUCGGAGCCAGCUGAUAACUGGCAGGUACCAGAUCCACACAGGACUGCAGCACUCCAUCAUCCGCCCUCGGCAGCCCAACUGCCUGCCCCUUGACCAGGUCACCCUGCCACAGAAGCUGCAGGAAGCAGGCUACUCCACACAUAUGGUGGGCAAGUGGCACCUUGGCUUCUACAAGAAGGAGUGUCUGCCCACUCGCCGGGGCUUUGACACCUUCCUGGGCUCCCUGACAGGCAAUGUGGAUUACUACACCUACGACAACUGCGACGGGCCGGGCGUCUGUGGCUACGACCUGCACGAAGGGGAGGACGUGGCUUGGGACCAGAGUGGGAAGUAUUCCACCUUCCUCUACGCCCAGCGCGUCGGCAAGAUCCUGGCAUCCCACAGCCCAAAGGAGCCCAUCUUCAUCUAUGUGGCCUUCCAAGCUGUCCACACGCCCCUGCAGUCCCCCAAGGAGUACAUCUACCGCUACCGCUCCAUGGGAAAUGUCGCCCGCCGCAAGUACGCGGCCAUGGUGACCUGCAUGGAUGAGGCGGUGAAGAACAUCACCUGGGCCCUCAAAAAGUAUGGUUAUUAUGACAACAGUGUCAUUGUGUUCUCCACGGACAAUGGUGGGCAGACCUUCUCUGGUGGAAGCAACUGGCCACUACGGGGUCGUAAAGGGACGUACUGGGAGGGGGGAGUGCGUGGCAUUGGUUUUGUCCACAGUCCGCUGAUCAAGCGCAAGCGUCGGACAAGCUGGGCACUGGUUCACAUCACAGACUGGUACCCGACACUGGUCAGCCUGGCCAGGGGCAACCUGAGCAAUGUCCAAGGCUUGGAUGGCUAUGAUGUCUGGCCUGCUAUCAGUGAGGGCAAGGAGUCGCCACGCACCGAAAUCCUGCACAACAUUGACCCCUUGUACAACCAUGCCAAGUACGGCUCCUUGGAGGAUGGCUUUGGCAUCUGGAACACGGCUGUGCAAGCUUCCAUCCGGGUUGGGGAGUGGAAGCUCCUCACUGGCGAUCCAGGGUACAGUGACUGGAUACCCCCACAGACCCUGACCAACUUCCCGGGGAGCUGGUGGAACCUGGAGCGUCUCACUGAUGGCCUGAGGAAAUCCGUGUGGCUCUUCAACAUCACCGCUGACCCCUACGAGCGCUACGACCUCUCAGAGCAGCGCCCAGACGUGGUCAGGACCCUCCUGAUGAGGUUGGUGCACUACAACCGGACAGCCAUCCCGGUGCGGUACCCUGCAGAGAACCCCCGUGCUCACCCAGACUUCAAUGGUGGUGCCUGGGGACCUUGGGCCAGUGAGGAUGAUGGGGAGGAGUGGGAAGGCGGCCGAGAACCCCUAAAAAGCAGGAACAAGAAGAAGAAAUGUAAGAUCUGCAAGCUGCGCUCGUUCUUCCGCAAGCUGAACACCAGGCUCAUGUCCAACCGCAUCUGA